GACGAACAGAUUCUCUACUACUCUGGGCAACGCACUAUAGCCACACACAUUCUGUUUCGCUUCCAGACUUCAACAGGGAAAAAUUCGUGUCGCGACAAAAGAAAGGGUUUUUGACCGGUUUGGAUAUUCGUGAACUCGUUUUUCUUUGGAGAAGUCAACUUGGAAUAAGGGCUUGAAUAUUAAUAAGAGAUUUCGUUUAUUUCGGGAAGAGUGCCACGUAUUGGGAGAAAGAAAAGAACUGAAUUUUUUUUUAGUGUCGCUGGGUAGGGGAUUCUGUUAGUUCAUCGUUAUAUCAUGUCUCGCGAGAAUAAGGAAACGGAGCAGAAAAAAUCAUGUCAAAAUAAUAACAAAUUGAUUGUAAAACAGUUUUGCGAAAAUACUUCGAUUCAUGGACUGAAAUACAUUUUUGAAGAUGGAAGUAUUUUGAUUGAAAGAUUGAUAUGGUUGCUAGUGUUUCUGUGUGGUGUAUGUUUUUCGAGUUACUUUUGUGUGCAAAUGUGGCACAAAUGGGAAGAGUCUCCCGUUCUUACCUCCGUCGAAACUCAACUUUAUCCGCUAAAUAAUAUUUACUUUCCGGCCGUUACGAUCUGUAAUGUCAACAAAGUCUCUAAAAGAAAACUAUUGGAGACCCUGGAAAAACCAGAAUACGCGGAUAUUCCCUAUGAGAAAAUGCAACUGACACUUCGGUACAUGACAAAACUAGACCGCGCUAUUAAUAACGAAAGAGAACUGAAAGAGCUCAACGAGUUUUACAAAUCGCGGAACAUUUCUGCUCUCGAGUUAUUCAAAAUUUUGGAAAUGACGGCGCCUUCGUGCUCGGACAUUAUCAUGGACUGUAACUGGCUGGGACUGACGGAACCAUGCAUGGAAUAUUUCUCUUUCUUACCUACUGACGACGGCAUGUGUUGUACAUUCAACAGCGACAAAUAUUUCGACUCGAUGUUGGGCAUUGAAUACAACGCAAACGAACCAUUGCGAGUCAAUGGUAACGGUUACCGGAUGGGGUUGAAUUUAGUAAUCGAUGCCAACGUAGAAGACUACAGCGUCACAACGGGGAAAUUUGAUGGUUUCAAAGUUUUAGUGCAUGGGCCAGAAGAGUUCCCUGAUAUUUCUGACAGAGCUUUUGUGUUAGGGCCUGGCACUGAAACGUUCGUCGCAAUAAAAGGAACUACGACUUUCAACACUGAAGACGUCGCUAGAGAGGUGACGCCAUUCAAACGACAGUGCUUAGUGGAAGGUGAAAAAAAACUGAAAUACUAUCGUCAGUAUAGUCGAUCAGCUUGUUUCGUUGAUUGUAAGACGCGAAAGAUGCGAGAAGACUGUAACUGCCGUCCGUAUUUCUUCAGAGAGAUUAACGACUCUCGAUUAUGCGAAAUGACGUCCUACACAUGUAUUUCUGACGUUAACGAGAAAGUGCGUUCGCAUGGACAUGAAAUCUGCGAAUGCUUGUCGCCCUGUGCGGACACUCGUUACGAUCCUGAAAUAUCAUACGCAUCCUUCCCUGGUCGCGGAUUCAAUCUGACGCGCACCUUCAAGCGUCUAGUACAAAAGCGAAACCUUAGCACCGGCACGGAUGGCACCGAAUACUUCAAGUCAAAUGUGGCAAUACUUCAUGUUUACUACAAAGAAAAGACAGGAAUGCGCUACAGAACUGACAUCCGAUUCGGAAUUGAAGACUUUAUCUCUGCAAUGGGUGGACUUUUGGGCCUUGGUCUAGGCAUGAGUUUCAUCAGCGUCAUUGAAUUAUUCUACUUUUUCUGCGUUCGGCGCUUUUUUCUACGACAUCGUGCUGCGGCUGCCCCAGAUCAAGCAAGGCAAAGCCCAUCUACUCCUCCAGCUAAAACUGACGAAGCGAAAAACGUCUGGCCGUCCUCUACUACCCUAACAUCAUCGAUCAAGACAGUGGAGUCUAGUCUGGAUGGACACAGCAACAACAAUCUAGUUCGCCGUGGUUCACUUAAUUUACCUGCUGACUUGCAGGCAACCCUGUUUAAAUACUGAUGACUUGCCAGUUGCCAUGGUAAGUCAAGAAAAAACAAUCCACUUGUAUACAUGACGGAUGGAAAUGAAAGCCAGCAAUUACAAUAAUCAAAAGUCCGUCGCCCACAAUAGCAAAUAGCCGCGGGCUUUUUUUAGUGGCUCAGUGAUUAUGACAAAAAGUGCUUCUGAACUCAUUCAAUUCUAACCUGUAAUCACUGUUCUUUAUCAAAUAUAAUUUUUUUACGAACAUCAGGUGUGUAAUUAGAGAACUAAAAUAGCCUACACAAA